UAAGGAAAGAAACUUUCCAAACUCCAAUCUUCUCUACAUCUCACACUGUCCGAUUCCUUACAAUCACAUCCUUAGUUUUAUUCAUUUAUUAUUAUUAUUAUUAUUAUUAUUAUUAUUUAUUUAUUUAUUUAUUUGUGUGUUUAACGACUAUUCGCUAAGAAGCAUAAAUAAACUCUUUUGUGUGAUGACGACGUGCGCGUUCUUCAACACAUCGGGAAUCAUCGCCGGCGAUCGCCUUCACCGCCGCCGGUAGGUAGCAAUUUGGCUUCCACAGUUCGACGUCCGAUGGAACCGUAAUUCCCAAAACGACACGAGUCUCUUCCCGCAAUCCCGUCGUUUACGCCCUCCCUCCCACGUUCCCGGUCGUUUCCGCGUUUCGUUGACGGAAAAGCCGAACCCCUCCGAAAGUAAAAGCACGCGCACUCUCUCUCUCUCUCUCUCUUAUUCUCUUAUUCGAUCCCUAUUAAAGCGAAUUCCGUUAUUUCCGCACCCGCAUUCGAAACCGCUUUUUGCCUUUUGGGAAUUGGGAAAGCGUUUGGAAUGGGGAUGAAGAAGGCGUCGCCGGUGACGAUGGAUCACGUGUUGCUGGCGUCGCAGGAGACGAAGGAAGCGAGGGAGGUGAGGAUUCGGUGCCUCUUCGAUUUCUUCGACAGGGAGAAUCGCGGGUUCUUGGAUUACGAGCACAUUGAGGAGGGUCUCUCGGCGCUGCAGAUUCCGGCCGAGUAUAAAUACGCCAAGGAUUUGCUUAACGCUUGCGAUGCCAACAAGGAUGGGAGAGUGGAUUACCACGAGUUCAGGAAGUACAUGGACAACAAGGAGUUGGAGCUUUAUCGCAUUUUUCAGGCCAUUGAUGUUGCGCAUAAUGGUUGCAUUUUGCCCGAGGAGCUCUGGGAGGCACUUGUAAGAGCAGGGAUUAAGAUUGAGGAUGAGGAACUCGCCCGUUUUGUUGAGCGUGUUGAUAAGGAUAAUAAUGGUGUUAUAACAUUUGAAGAAUGGAGGGAUUUUCUGUUGCUUUACCCUCAUGAAGCAACCAUUGAGAACAUCUACCAUUAUUUGGAGCGGAUGUGUAUGGUUGAUAUUGGGGAACAGACUGUUAUUCCAGCAGGCAUUGGUAAGCACAUUCAUGCAAGCAGGUAUCUGAUUGCAGGAGGAGUAGCAGGUGCAGCAUCACGCACAGCAACUGCACCCCUUGAUCGUCUAAAGGUUGUGUUGCAAGUCCAAACAAAACGAGCUCAUAUAAUGCCUGCAAUAAAAGACAUAUGGAAAGAAGGUCGUUUCUUGGGAUUUUUUCGAGGCAAUGGCUUGAAUGUAGUUAAGGUGGCCCCUGAGAGUGCUAUUAGAUUUUAUACCUAUGAGACGCUGAAGACCGUCAUUUCAAGUGCCAAAGGGGGAGAGGCAAAGGGUGAUAUUGGAGGUACGGGGCGGCUGCUAGCUGGUGGUCUUGCUGGUGCUGUAGCUCAAACCGCAAUAUAUCCCUUGGAUCUUGUUAAAACACGACUACAAACCUUUGCUUGUGAAAGUGGUAGAUUCCCCAAUCUUGGAACCCUUUCAAAAGAUAUAUGGGUUCAGGAAGGACCCCGAGCAUUUUAUAGGGGAUUGAUUCCUUCUCUUCUUGGGAUUAUCCCUUAUGCUGGCAUAGAUCUUGCUGCGUAUGAAACCUUGAAAGAUAUGUCCAAGACGUAUAUUCUUCAUGAUGGAGAACCUGGCCCUCUAGUACAAUUAGGAUGCGGCACUGUAUCUGGAGCUCUUGGAGCAACAUGUGUUUACCCACUGCAGGUGGUUAGAACAAGAAUGCAGGCCCAACGCUCUUACAAGGGAAUGGCUGAUGUAUUCAGGAAAACCUUGGAACAUGAAGGCUUUAGAGGAUUCUACAAAGGAAUAUUUCCUAACUUACUCAAAGUUGUACCUUCAGCAAGCAUCACCUACAUGGUUUACGAGUCUAUGAAAAAAAGUUUGGAUUUGGACUGAAAAAAUUUACUUCUUGGUAAUUAAUCUUAUUGACAUGGCUGACCGUUGCAACUACAUAUUGGGAUUGGUUUUGCAAUGAAGACGUUGAUGACAAGAAUAAAAGCCUACAAUUGAUUAUUGAGACAAUUGUCUAAACUCAUUUUUAUUUAAAUAGCAUUAGAUUCUUCAAAAUUCUUGAGAGGACAAAAUUGGUUUGUCCUGCAUGGUGCUUCAUUAAACUAAUUUGAAGCUUCAUAUCAAUUAGCUGAAUUUUUGUAUUAUAGAGAAGCAUAUUAUACUCAGUUAGGAUCCGAUUUUGUAAUUGUAAUUUGUAAUAUUUAGUGGCUCAGAUUGAUCAUCUUACUCUUUAAAUUAAUACUUCCAUUUAUUCCUGCCCCA